AUGGACGCCUCCUCCCUCCGCAUCUCCAAGUUCGAUGGAACUAACUUCCACGCCUGGAAGUUCAAGAUGCAGAUGGUGCUGGAGGAACGGGACCUAUGGGAGGUCGUCAGCGGUGAGAUCAAGGCGGAACAGUGCGAGACUCAGUUGGACCAAGCGACGUACAAGAGGAAGUCAAGAAAGGCGAUGGCAGUGAUCUGUCUAGCCAUGGAAGAUUCCCAGCUACCGUUGGUCCGGUCGGCAAGUGGUGCAUGCGACGCAUGGUCAAGGUUGGAAGACCACUUCGAGAAGAAGAGUCUUGCCAACAAGCUGUUCUUGCGCCGUCGCUUCUUCACGACAAUGAUGGAAGAAGGCGACGAUGUGCUCGAACACAUCAACAAGCUCAAGACGCUGGCGGAACAGCUAGAAGCGGUGGGGGCUCCAGUCUGCGAGGACGAUCUGGUGAUCACACUCCUCGGCAGCCUGAGUGACUCGUAUCAAUUCUUGAUCACAGCUUUGGAGUCGCGCUCAGACACUCUUAGCUGGGAGCUCGUGACGUCUCGACUGCUUCAUGAAGAAAUGAAGCGGAAGGAGCAAGGAAUUAAAGGUGAUGAAGCUUCGCAAGGUCAAGCGUUCAUCACAAGGGACAAUCAGCGCAAAGGGCGACCAGUGAAGAAGUCCUGGCCGUGCCACAAUUGCGGAAAGAUUGGUCACUGGAUGGCGGAGUGCCCCUCGCGCAUCCAAGAAAACACGGAGAGACACCGGCCACAGCGUGCUCAAGACAGCGGCGACCGCUAUCGAUCACAACGUGCAAACGUCGCUCAAGAAGAAGACUCGGGCGACUACCUCUUUCGAUCGGUGAAACGACAUCUGCGAAAUCGAGCGACAUCUGGCUGGUCGACUCCGGGGCGACGCAGCACAUGA